UGGGAUCUACUUGACGGAUUCCACAGAAGGAGGCAGGUAGACGUCCGCCACUGACUAACUUUUCACUCGCUCGGCCACAUGGUGCUCUGCCGGAACGCCCACUGCCGCAGCUACGGCAAGAUUGACGGGCUCUGCCUCGUCCACGCCAAGGCGGCCGCCGCUGACACUGCCAGUGCAGCUGCGAGUAUGGCCACGACCUCGUCGUCGUCGUCGUCCCCGCUGCUCCCUCCGUCGCCAUCGCGACCUGCGUUCACGCCACCACCCCAUGGGAUGUUGCCACCGACGAUAACAGCUAUCCAACAACCCGCAGCGAUGAUGAUAAGGCCAGCUAAACGUCUCGAUGACGAGAGUUCACUCAUGAUGAUGACGCAACUCCCGCCAGUCCUCCCAAACGGCCGCCUGCGCUGCUUUGCGCCGUCGUGUGGCGCAUCUGCCACCGGGAACACGCCAUUCUGCCCCCAUCACCAGCAUUGCGUGCUCCUGGUGGACACGCAACCAAGGCAACCUCAGCCACACGUGCUUCGGAAGCGAAGGCGCGUCUCGUCCAAUGACUUGGCGCAGACAACCAGCGGCAGUGCAAGUUGUUAUUCCUCCCGAGGGUCGUCCUCAAUCGAAAGUACUUUAGCGCCGCCAUCUCGUAAACGACAAACCUCCCCGCCGCCUGUCGUACAAGUCCCCGCCGCACUCAGCCCGGAACACGAACAUGCGCAGAUUCUAGCAAACCUUGGACGCAGCAUGUAGCCAAACAUUCAACAUCACACAUAUUCACCACCCAAAAACGAGACGUUUGCUUGUCGGUCGCAACGUUGUGGACGGUUACAGGGUACAGCGAGCAUAAUCCAAUACUAUAUGUAUAACAU